AUCUUUCACUCUUCUCGUUUUUUUUUGAGCGUUUGGAAACGCCGUCUGGUUUGGGUCAAUGGCGAUGUCGACCAGUUUCGCCGGAGCAAAGUUGGAGGCUUUGCUGUCAUUGUCUUCGUCGUCGGCUGCCACGACGUCGUCCAGGGUCUCUACGGGUUCUUCUUUGGUGGGUUCUGUGAGGCCCAUUAGGACUAGAAGGCUCCAAAUUCAGAGAGGAGUGCGGUGCGAAGUGGCCGCUUCUUCUGAUGCUUCUGCGGCGGUGGUUCAGUCUGUCGCUUCCAAUGUCUCCGCUCUUGAGCAGCUCAAGACCUCUGCUUCUGACAGGUACACAAAGGAAAGAAGCAGCAUUGUGGUCAUCGGACUUAGUAUUCACACAACACCGGUUGAAGUGCGUGAAAAACUAGCCAUUCCAGAAGCAGAAUGGCCUCGAGCCAUAGGGGAGCUCUGUGGUUUAAAUCACAUUGAAGAAGCUGCUGUUCUUAGCACCUGCAACCGAAUGGAGAUAUAUGUUGUAGCUCUAUCUCAGCAUCGUGGUGUCAAAGAAGUUACCGAGUGGAUGUCAAAGACGAGUGGAGUCCCUGUUUCUGAGCUAUGCCAGCACCGGUUUUUACUCUAUAAUAACGAUGCCACUCAGCACCUCUUUGAAGUAUCAGCAGGUCUUGACUCUCUUGUCCUCGGAGAAGGUCAAAUUCUUGCCCAGGUGAAACAAGUUGUUAAAGUCGGUCAAGGAGUUGUUGGCUUUGGUAGAAACAUCAGUGGGCUCUUCAAGCACGCAAUCACUGUGGGAAAGCGGGUUAGAACUGAAACUAACAUUGCAGCUGGGGCAGUUUCUGUAAGCUCUGCUGCUGUUGAACUUGCCUUGAUGAAGCUUCCUGCAUCGUCACAUGCUACGGCAAGAAUGUUGGUGAUUGGUGCGGGCAAAAUGGGAAAGCUUGUGAUCAAACACUUGGUAGCAAAAGGUUGCACAAAGAUGGUUGUUGUGAAUAGGACUGAGGAGAGAGUGGCAUCUAUCCGCGAGGAGCUGCAUGGUAUUGAGAUCAUUUACAAGCCUCUUACAGAUAUGCUUACCUGUGCAGCAGAGGCAGAUGUGGUUUUUACUAGCACCGCAUCAGAAACCCCAUUAUUUUUCCAAGACAAUGUGAAGGACCUUCCUGCUGUAGGUCCAGACACUGGCGGUUUGAGGCUUUUUGUUGAUAUUUCCGUCCCCCGGAACGUGAGUUCAUGUGUUGCAGAUGUUGAUGGUGCUCGACUUUACAAUGUUGAUGACCUUAAGGAGGUUGUGGCUGCUAACAAAGAGGAUCGUCUGCGGAAAGCAAUGGAAGCUCAGGAAAUUAUCACUGAAGAAUCAAAACAAUUUGAAGCUUGGAGGGAUUCUUUGGAGACAGUACCUACGAUCAAGAAAUUAAGAGCUUAUGCUGAAAGAAUCAGAGCUGCAGAGCUCGACAAAUGUUUAUCAAAAAUGGGCGACGACAUAUCAAAGAAAACAAGAAGAGCCGUAGAUGAUCUUAGCCGAGGAAUUGUGAACAAGCUCCUUCAUGGUCCAAUGCAGCACUUAAGAUGCGAUGGGAGUGAUAGUCGAACUCUGAGUGAGACCCUUGAGAACAUGCACGCUCUUAACAGAAUGUUCAGCCUCGAGACAGAAAUAUCUGUAUUGGAACAGAAAAUUCGAGCUAAGGUGGAACAAACCCAGAAGUAACGCUACAAUGUCAAAUUUCUUUCACGACACAUCGACUUCCUCAAACUCAAAUAAGGGGAAAACAUCCUCACAUUGUCAUUUUCGUGUUCCUUCUUGUGUAAUCUUCAACUCUAUAGACAAAUUGUGUUGGUCCUGGCUGGGGGAUCUUCCAAUUCAUUCACUGGUGUAAGACACCGUAACAUGAUUUUUCUCUGGGAGUUGUUUAUAUGUCUACCACCACAUGUUCGUAAGUGGCUGUUCGGCUUUGUAUCGAAAUUAUGAGAUAUCUGUAAUACUGUCAAUUCCUGUAAUUAAAAGUCAUUUGUGAUGAA